AUGGAAUGUUAUUCGACUAGUGAUGCUGCUGCUGCUGCUGCUGCUGCUGCUCAACUAUUACAUUUGAAGAAGUUAAAGAAACGAAAUAAGUACAACAGGUACAACGUCAAGUUAGAAAGGAUUACUGUUAAUGUAUUUUUUUGCUGCUUAGCUGCCUCUUUCUUGAAGGCACGUCCUUUUUCGGUUUUGGCUGUGGCGUCGGCAUUGGUCUAG